AUGUCCGAACCCUCGCGAUGGCAUCGUCCACGAGCUGUCUUCGAAGGCCUGUACGAUCCAGAGUCCAUCACCGUGACACUGAGUCUGGCGCUGGCUUUGUACAAUGCGAUUGAGCUUACGCUUUUGAUCUUCACCACGUUCAAAAAAUGGCACGGUCUCUACUUCUGGAGCUUGUGCGUAUCCAAUUUCGGUGUGGUCUCUUACAGCCUCGGUUUGAUCAUCGAGUAUUUCCAGCUUGCCGUGCUAUGGGUCGGCAAAAUCUUCGAUACCGGCGGAUGGAUUCUGAUGAUUACGGGCCAAAGUUUGGUUCUCUACUCGAGACUCAACUUGAUCAUGGAUCAACCGAAAGUGCUGAAGGCCGUCAAGUGGAUGAUCAUAUUCAAUGCAGUCGUCUGGCACACCACCCUUACCGUCCUCGACUUCGGCACAACUUAUACCAAUAACCAGCACUUUGCAGAAGGCUUCUUCUACACCGAACAUGUUCAGAUGACUAUGUUUUGUUUGCAAGAGUUCAUCAUCUCUGGACUGUACGUCUGGCGGACCAUUGCCUUUCUCAAGGUCGUCAGCAAAAAGAGCACAAGAAGCGUCAUCUGGCAGCUCUUUACCAUCAACGUCAUCAUCAUCGCCAUGGACAUUGCCUUGCUUUUCAUGCAGUACAAGCACUGGCGUAUCUAUCAGCAGGCUACCAAAGCCUUCAUUUACAGCGUCAAACUCAAACUCGAGCUCAAUAUUCUGUCAAAGCUUGUCGACCUGGUUCAAGGUUCGAAGCGAUCUGGGUCGCACGAUCUGGGCGAGAUUGACACCAACGCCAUCCCCGGCCAAGCGCAAAAUGACCUCUAUCGAGAGCUAUCAACUCCAUCGUCGAAAGGAAUCGUAAAUCAUAUGGAGAAUGGCCACGCUGUCCACCCGAGCGAGGACGAUUUCGAUGACGAUGACGCCGGCGCGGUACGAACACUAUCAGAAAACUCGCGAGCGUACUCCGCAAGGACAACUGGACGAGACUCGGAUAUUCUCUACGCUGACGUCCUGCGAUCGAUCAAGUGA